CCGGCUGGGGCGCGGGGCCCGCGGACUGCGCGCUCUGCGGCUGCGAAAACCCGGAGAGGCGGAUGGGAGCGCUCGAGGCGCUCGCAGCCAACUCCUCCGCGGUCCGGUCGCCAAGCUGGGCAUGCUCAGUGCGGCCGCCGCGCCGCCGUCCGCCAACUCGGGAGCUCGCGCUCCCGGGCCGUGGGGGCGAGAACGCCGGCGGUGGCGGCGGCGAGCGACGCCCCCAGGCAGCCGCAAACUUCGCGGCGGCGUCCGCAGUCUGGCGAGACACACACCUCGCAACGUCAAAUCCAAUUCCCUUCCCCUACCUGAACGAUGGAGGCUGAGGCCACCGCCAGAGCGUCCCGGCCGCCCGCCCCUGCCUAGCGGCUAGCUGAGGGGACCAACAGCGCCACGGCGAGCGAGAGUGGAGGGGCGAGCGAGUCUGUCUGCAAAGUGCUGCUCCCUGGUGCUCAGAGGCGGCUGCUCCAGCUCCAACUCUCAUUCAUUUCGCCGGUUAACAUGAGAGAUCAUGGCCGCCUUCGGGCUUCUCAGUUAUGAACAGAGACCGCUGAAGCGCCCGCGGCUCGGGCCGCCCGAUGUCUACCCGCAGGACCCCAAGCAGAAGGAGGAUGAACUUACUGCUGUGAACGUAAAACAGGGUUUCAACAAUCAGCCAGCCUUCACUGGAGACGAACAUGGCUCUGCGAGAAACAUUGUAAUCAACCCCUCAAAGAUCGGCGCAUACUUCAGCAGCAUAUUGGCUGAGAAACUAAAGCUUAACACUUUCCAGGACACGGGAAAGAAGAAACCCCAAGUUAAUGCGAAAGAUAAUUACUGGCUGGUUACUGCUCGAUCUCAGAGCGCAAUUCAUAGUUGGUUCUCGGACUUAGCCGGGAAUAAACCACUUGCUGUUUUGGCGAAAAAGGAGCUGCCUCUGGCCAAGUCAGGUGUCCCUCAGGUCCCCAUCCUUAGUAAAAAAGAGGACGUUUUUGCAUAUUUAGCUAAGUAUUCUGUGCCAAUGGUUCGAGCAACGUGGCUGAUCAAGAUGACUUGUGCCUAUUAUUCUGCUAUUUCUGAAGCUAAGAUUAAGAAGCGCCAGGCUCCAGAUCCCAAUUUGGAGUGGACGCAAAUAUCUACCAGGUACCUUAGAGAGCAGCUAGUCAAGAUCUCUGACUUUUACCACAUGGCCUCCAGUACAGGUGACGGUCCUGUCCCCGUGCCACCAGAGGUCGAGCAAGCCAUGAAGCAGUGGGAGUACAACGAGAAGCUGGCAUUUCAUAUGUUCCAGGAAGGGAUGUUGGAAAAACAUGAGUAUUUGACGUGGAUCCUGGACGUCCUAGAAAAGAUCAGACCAGUGGACGACAACCUUCUCAAGCUCCUUCUGCCACUGAUGCUGCAGUACUCAGAUGAGUUUGUCCAGUCUGCCUACCUGUCUCGUCGUCUAGCGUACUUUUGUGCCCGGCGUCUUUCCUUGCUACUGAGUGACAGCCCCAACCUCCUUGCUGCUCACUCACCCCACAUGAUAAUCGGAGCAAACAACACGAGUAUUGGGACCCCCAGUCCUGGCACCCCUGGCCCUGGUAUGAGCCCCAUGCAGCUGGCCUUCUCGGAUUUCCUUUCCUGUGCGCAACAUGGCCCUUUGGUUUAUGGACUUAGUUGUAUGUUGCAGACUGUCACUCUGUGUUGCCCAAGUGCCUUGGUGUGGAACUAUUCCACAAACGAAAAUAAGAUCGCAAACCCAGGCUCUCCCCUGGAUCUGCUGCAGGUUGCCCCUUCCAGCCUCCCCAUGCCGGGUGGGAAUACGGCUUUCAAUCAGCAGGUCCGGGCAAGGAUUUAUGAGGUAGAACAGCAGAUCAAACAGCGAGGCCGUGCAGUAGAGGUCCGGUGGUCUUUUGACAAGUGUCAGGAGUCGACGGCAGGGGUUACUAUUAGUCGGGUUUUGCACACACUGGAAGUCUUGGACCGUCAUUGCUUUGACCGCACCGAUUCCAGCAAUUCGAUGGAGACGCUCUAUCAUAAAAUUUUCUGGGCGAACCAAAACAAAGAUAGCCAAGAGGUCGCCCCCAAUGACGAAGCGGUGGUGACGUUGUUAUGUGAGUGGGCCGUGAGCUGCAAACGAUCUGGCAAGCACAGGGCCAUGGCCGUGGCGAAACUCCUGGAGAAAAGGCAAGCAGAGAUCGAGGCAGAGAGAUGUGGUGACUCGGAAGUCCUGGAUGAGAAGGAGUCAAUUUCUUCAGCCUCGCUUGCUGGGUCUAGCUUGCCUGUUUUCCAGAAUGUUUUACUAAGAUUUUUAGAUACACAGGCCCCAUCACUUUCGGACCCCAACAGCGAGUGCGAGAAGGUGGAGUUUGUGAACUUGGUGCUGCUCUUCUGUGAGUUUAUCCGCCACGACGUCUUCUCCCAUGAUGCCUACAUGUGCACCCUCAUCUCGCGAGGAGAUCUGUCCGUCACUGCCUCUGCAGGGGAGAAUGCAGACGAACACUAUUCCAAGGACCAUGAUAUGAAGAUGGAGGAACACAGUAUCAUGGCGCACAUGGGCCUCGGCUCAGGAACCGCUCACAUUUUUGACGAAGUAGACAAGAGUGACUUUAAAAGUGACUUUGGUUCUGAGUUUCCAAUUUUCUCUCCCAUGCCUGGAGAGUCCUGUGAGAAUGCCAACCCUUCCCUGAGCCGAAGAAUGUCGGUUAAUGGUGAGAAACUGCUGAAGAGAGAAAAAACAAGGGAGUUGAUCUUUCCGUCAAAUUACGACCUCCUCCGCCACCUGCAGUACGCAACCCACUUUCCCAUACCUCUGGAUGAGUCUUCAAGUCAUGAAUGUAACCAGCGCACAAUCCUUCUCUACGGAGUCGGAAAAGAGCGUGACGAAGCCAGGCAUCAGCUGAAGAAGAUCACCAAAGAUAUCCUGCGAAUCCUAAACAAGAAGAGCACCACGGAAUCAGGGGUUGGGGAUGAAGGACAGAAAGCCAGGAAGAACAAGCAGGAAGUUUUUCCCACCCUGGAAACCGUGUUCACGAAACUCCAGCUCCUCUCGUACUUUGAUCAGCAUCAAGUGACAUCUCAGAUCUCUAACAACGUGCUGGAGCAAAUCACAAGCUUUGCGUCUGGAACAUCCUAUCACCUGCCUCUGGCUCAUCAUAUCCAACUCAUCUUUGAUCUCAUGGAGCCAGCUCUGAACAUCAAUGGACUAAUUGACUUUGCAAUACAGUUACUGAAUGAACUGAGCGUGGUUGAAGCUGAGCUGCUCUUGAAGUCUUCUAGUCUGGCAGGAAGUUACACUACAGGACUGUGUGUCUGCAUUGUGGCUGUGCUCAGGAGGUAUCAUAGUUGCCUGAUCCUAAAUCCUGAUCAGACAGCCCAGGUGUUUGAAGGGUUGUGUGGCGUGGUGAAGCAUGUUGUCAACCCCUCAGAAUGCUCUUCCCCUGAAAGAUGUAUCCUGGCCUACCUAUAUGACCUCUAUGUCUCAUGUAGCCAUCUCAGGAGUAAAUUUGGAGACCUUUUCAGUAGUGCCUGUUCAAAAGUAAAGCAGACCAUAUAUAAUAACGUAAUGCCUGCAAAUUCCAACUUACGCUGGGAUCCAGACUUCAUGAUGGACUUCAUUGAGAAUCCCUCAGCAAGAAGCAUCAACUACUCGAUGCUGGGCAAGAUCCUCAGUGACAACGCUGCUAACCGGUACAGCUUUGUCUGCAACACACUGAUGAAUGUGUGCAUGGGCCACCAGGAUGCCGGCCGGAUAAAUGACAUAGCCAAUUUCUCCUCUGAGUUAACUGCUUGCUGUACAGUUCUUAGUUCGGAGUGGCUGGGGGUUCUGAAGGCUCUUUGUUGUUCUUCAAAUCAUGUGUGGGGAUUUAAUGAUGUACUCUGCACUGUAGAUGUGAGUGACCUUUCAUUCCAUGAUUCAUUAGCUACUUUCAUUGCUAUCCUGAUAGCACGACAGUGUUUCUCCCUGGAGGACGUCGUGCAACAUGUCGCCCUUCCCUCUCUCCUAGCGGCAGCUUGCGGAGAUGCGGAUGCAGAGCCCGGGGCAAGAAUGACAUGCCGCCUCUUGCUUCACCUCUUCCGAGCUCCCCAGGCCUGCUUUUUCCCUCAAGCAACAGGCAAACCUUUCCCUGGAAUAAGAUCGUCUUGUGAUAGACACCUCCUAGCCGCCGCUCACAACAGCAUAGAAGUGGGAGCUGUCUUUGCUGUCUUAAAGGCUAUUAUGAUGCUUGGAGAUGCCAAGAUUGGCAGUAACAGCGUCACCACUUUAAAGAAUGAAGACUUCGGCGUGAGGGGUUUACGACGCGAUGGGAAUGCUGAGGACGCCUGGGCCCCCUCGCAGAAUCCGAAAUCCUAUGGGAAGAGCAUUUCCAUGGAAACUGCCAACCUAAGAGACUAUGCUAGAUACGUACUGAGGACUAUCUGCCAACAGGAGUGGGUAGGAGAACAUUGCUUAAAAGAACCAGAACGACUAUGUACAGACAAAGAACUUAUUUUGGACCCUGUGCUUUCAAACAUGCAAGCCCAGAAAUUGCUGCAGCUGAUCUGUUACCCUCAUGGCAUUAAAGAGUGUACAGAGGGGGACAACCUGCAAAGACAGCACAUUAAGCGCAUCCUUCAGAACCUUGAGCAGUGGACAUUGAGACAGUCCUGGCUAGAACUUCAGUUAAUGAUCAAGCAGUGCUUGAAGGACCCCAGCUCUGGUUCUGUGGCUGAAAUGAACAACUUACUGGACAAUAUUGCCAAGGCAACAAUAGAGGUGUUCCAGCAGUCUGCAGACCUAAAUAACAACGCCCCCAAUUCUGGGAUAAGCCUCUUCAACCCCAACGGUUUUGGAAGUGCUGAUGCAAACAGCACAAGACAGAAUGGAAUAAAGACAUUUUUAAGUUCCUCUGAACGCAGGGGUGUAUGGCUGGUGGCCCCCCUCAUCGCCAGGCUACCAACCUCUGUGCAGGGAAGAGUGCUGAAAGCUGCUGGGGAAGAGCUGGAGAAGGGACAGCACCUGGGCUCUUCUUCCAAGAAGGAAAGAGACAGGCAGAAACAGAAAAGUAUGUCUCUUUUGAGUCAGCAACCUUUCCUCUCCUUGGUCCUUACCUGCCUUAAGGGGCAAGAUGAGCAACGGGAGGGCCUCCUAACAUCUCUGCAGAAUCAAGUCAAUCAGAUUUUAAGUAACUGGAGGGAAGAAAGAUACCAAGAUGAUACAAAAGCCCGCCAGAUGAUGCACGAGGCUUUGCAGCUCCGGCUAAAUCUGGUGGGAGGAAUGUUUGACACGGUCCAGCGGAGCACCCAGGGGACCACUGACUGGGCUCUCCUCCUCCUCCAGAUAAUUACUUCAGGAACUGUUGACAUGCACACUAACAAUGAGUUAUUCACCACAGUUCUUGACAUGCUGGGUGUUUUAAUCAACGGGACAUUGGCUUCUGACCUAUCAAAUGCUUCCCCCGGGGGAUCUGAAGAGAACAAACGUGCAUACAUGAAUUUAGUAAAGAAACUGAAAAAAGAACUAGGAGACAAGCGAUCAGAAAGCAUUGACAAGGUUCGACAGCUUCUGCCUUUGCCAAAGCAGACAUGCGAUGUCAUCACUUGUGAACCCAUGGGUUCUUUGAUCGAUACAAAGGGAAACAAAAUUGCUGGAUUUGACUCCAUCGACAAAAAACAGGGUCUCCAGGUCUCUACGAAGCAGAAGGUGUCCCCAUGGGACCUGUUUGAGGGUCAGAAGAACCCGGCUCCUCUGUCCUGGGCCUGGUUCGGCACUGUCCGUGUGGACCGGAAGGUGGUAAAAUAUGAGGAACAGCACCACUUCCUUCUGUACCACACACACACCAUGCCUAAGCCCCGAAGCUACUACCUUGAACCACUGCCCCUCCCUCCUGAGGAAGAAGAGGAAGAGCCCACGUCCCCAGUGUCUCAGGAACCAGAAAGGAAAUCAGCUGAACUGUCAGAUCAAGGAAAAAGUGCCGCUGACGAGGAGAAGAAGACAAAGGGAAGGAAGCGUAAGACAAAAUCAAGCUCACGCAUUGAUGAGUAUCAGCAGAGCAACAUGUACCGAGUGCCUCCUAACUACUCGCCCAUGUCCUCCCAAAUGAUGCAUCACCCGCAGCCUGCGCUGUGGGGAUACAACCUGGUGAGCCAGCCCCAGCAGCCCAGCUUUUUCCUUCAGAAUCAGUCCCUGAAUCCAGGUGGCUCCAGAUUGGACCCUGCAGGCUCCUAUGUCCCAACCAACACGAAGCAAGCCUUGUCCAACAUGCUGCAGAGGCGCUCGGGUGCCAUGCUGCAGCCACCUUCCCUUCAUUCGAUCACGUCUCAGCAGCAGUUGCUACAGAUGAAGCUUCUGCAGCAGCAGCAGCAGCAACAGCAACAGCAGCAGCAGCGGCUCCUCCGGCAGGCCCAGACUCGGCCUUUCCAGCAGGGCCAGCCAGGGGACCAGGCUGCUCUCUUUACUGCACAAUCACGGCCCUCCCCUCAGCUCCCUCAGUAUCCAGGGCUGCAACAAGCACAGACCAUGCCCCAGGGCUACACAAUGUACGGGACACAGAUGCCUUUGCAACAGGCAGCUCCGCAGCAGUCUGGAGGUGUGGUCCUCUCCCCCAGCUACAACUCCAGAGCCUAUCCAGCCGCACAUUCCAGCCCAGCGCUGAUGGAAAGACUCCGCCAGCUGCAGCAGCAGCCAAGUGGCUACGCGCAGCAGCAGGCCUCGCCAUACCUGCAGCCCGUAGCUGGCUCUCAGAGACUGAACCACCAGGCUCUACAGCAGAGCCCUCUGGUGGGCGGGGGAAUUGAUGCUGUGCUGACUCCCGCACAUCCCACCCUCCCCUCGGUGCCCCUGCCUCAGGACCCAUUGAGGCCCAGACAGCCGCAAGUUCGACAGCAGCAGAGACUCCUCCAGAUGCAGCAGCCCCAGCAGGCCCCCCAGCCCCAGCAGCCCUCACAGCCCCAGAGUCAGGCCCUUGGUCUCCAAGCAAUGCAGCCCCAACAGCCUUUGUUCCCCAGGCAAGGCUUGCAGCAGACCCAGCAGCAGCAACAGACAGCCGCCCUGGUGCGACAGCUCCAGAAGCAGCUUUCUAGUAACCAGCCACAGCAAGGAGUGACCCCCUGUGCGCACCCUUCACACUUUUGAAUCUGAAAGAGAAGACGCGAAGUUUAUGUUUGCACUGAGAAACAGAAAAUCAAAUUUAUUAGUCAUCAUAAGAAGUCUCCUUUGGUCUUUGAGUUAUUUAUGUUUCCCUAUAUUUUAUGCUACACUUCUUGCAGAGGUAUUUAAAUAAGUAAAGAAGUUGUGGUUUGGUUUUAUCAUUUUCAAAGUAGGUUAUAAAAUGUGGAUCACGCAGGCCUACUCCAGAUAGUGUGAUUGGUAGCUGACCUUUUGAAACUGGUGCUUUUUAUCUCAUAUUUACAUAAUGAAUGAAGUACGGUAGGUUUAAAUAUUUAUGUAUUAAUGAACGAUUUUUUUUAAGCCUGUGGUAGACCAAACUACUGAUUUGAAAGAUGUGGCAAUUCUCACGGGAGGAUGACACAUUUACUCUGCAUCCCCCUGUGAGGGCGGGGCGAGCAUUGAUUCGCAUCGUUCUAAUUUGAAAUGUUGAUCACUUCAUAAGCACUUUAUAAACUUUGUUCCCAGUUAUGAAGGACUUUGCUUUGCUUUCGUUUUGUGGUCCAAAGGUGCUGAAACAGAUUGUUGCUUAGUACUUCCGCUUAGAGGAGCCUCUUCCAAGUGACUGCACUCAACCUUGUUUCUGGUGGCCAGCUCUUUCACCAGAUUCUCCGUGAAGAUACAGCAGCUACUGAAAGUCAGAAGAGCUACGGUGGAAUCAGUUCAUUUAUUUACUGCCAGUUUUGGUAAAAACUGUCCAGUUUUGGUUCUUCAGAACCUCAUGCCAACUUGAGAAAAAAAAAAGAUAAACAAAUCUCACAGCUGGCCUUAGAUUCUACUGUGCUUAGACUUGACACGGUUUCCAGAGAGUCUGGCUUCACAGUCCAGAAGACUCUGGUAAUUCAUCAAAGGUGUACUUACUGUUAAUUUUGUAUGGUAAGUAUUUGCUAUUUUGAAUUUAAUUAUUAAUGUUGGUGUCCGUCUUGGGUGUGUAUUGCUUAUACUGUAUUUAUAAACUGGUGCAAAAAGCACAAGUAAAGUAAAUUAUACAUCAAAUUUAUUAUAAAGAAAUAGUAACUAUUUUAACUUUGUUCAAGUAUGUGGUAAUUUGCUCCUAUUAGAGUGAAAAAAAUACAGUAAAUUAUUAUCAGUUUGUGUAACUUAAGAGUAUUCCAUAUAAUAUUUUUUUAGAAUUAGAUGCAUAAAAUUUUGAAUGUGAAAAUUGCAGGGCAUUUUAAGACACAUGUAGGGAAUCUUCCCUUGUUCUUUGUUGGGUUCAUUUUCUUUUUGCCGUAUGAUUUCACAUGUAAUGUAGUCAAGCAUACUGUGAAUAGAUUGUCUGUGAAGAGCAAACCAUGUAGAACUACUUUUUAAAAAUGUAGCUAGUACAACUUUAGAUAAUUUCUUUUGCAGAUCAUUAUAUAAAUAGUUUAUAUCUUCCUAGGUGAGUUACUCAUUCAAAUGACCUCAGAUACAUGUUUGCUUCCUUUGCCAUGGCAACAUCCAUGUGAACUGCUUUGUACACUGUGAAAUAUAGCCCUCCAGCCUGCUUGUUUUGUGUUUACUCUGGGCUGGGAAAGACUUUUGCCAAACAUUAAAGACUAUUCUUUUCACUAAGUGAGCAUUCUAUCUGCUUUCGACAAUGCAGUCCAUUUCAGUCAGCUUUGCUUUUCUCUCUGGAGCCAUGCUUUCAGCUCACAAAGAUAGUUUUCUUCAAAGUAACAUACCACGUGACUGCAUUGGCAGAACCACCGCAGCGCGAAUGUUGUGCCUAGUGGGUGAGUCACGCCCUGUUCCUUCUGGUCUUUACUCAAUGGUUGUUGGUAGUUAAGAUUCCAGUUUCAGUCUGAACCAUCGUUUCUGUAGCUCAGCAUCGCACACAGCAGCGGGAGUGGGAGAACUGUGUAGCAUUUGUUCGCACUUUACACUUUGCCGAAGUUGGCUUACUUGUCUGUUUGCACACAAAGGCAAUGGUCCCUUUGUUGCUGUCUGUUCUAUUUCUUGAGAUGAGGAAGGUCAGUCAUGCUAAGGCCCUCUUAAGUAAGAGAUGCCGCGGUGGCUGAGGAAAAACAUAGAACUGUUUUCCCCUGUGCAUUAUAAGGAAAGCAACUAGAAUUUUUAAAUUUAGUUGUCAUAUUUACUGACACUUAAUUCGGCACUUUGAGAGGGAUUUUUAUUUAUCUUUCAUAGCAAAUGCAUGUGGGUGGUAUUAAAAUGGUCAGAAGGGAAACCCCUAUUGUGGAUUGUGGAUAGGAAAUUGUCUUAAGAUAGAAAGCUCAGCUUUUUAAGAUCAGACCUUGAACUAUGAUGGAAUCAGGUAUACUUAACAAUUUCUGGCUAUAAGAACCACUUAAUUUAUGUGUUAUAUUACAGGCCGAUUCAUUUUAGGAUUUCAUUUCUUGUUUUAUUUACCCUUCCUCAUCUAAAAGUAGAGGUAUCAUUCCACCUCUGGCGGCCAUAGAGCACUGAUGUUAACAGAAAUCAGCUCAUGACUGAGGCAGGCAUGAUGGAGACCCAGUGGAGUUAAGUCUCAAAUGAUUGACACAAGCUAACAAAGCUCUUAGCUUUAGUAUUCUAACCUAACUCAGUAAGACUCGAAAAGGCUCCUGCCAUUCACACAUAGAUGACUAUUUGAUCAGAAGCCAGAGAAAUUAUGCUAAGGAAACCCCAGACUUUCGAAUAAAAGAGGCAAAUCAUACAAUUACCCCCAUAUAUAUUUGGGUUGAAUUAAACAUGGAGUAUAAGUACAGUGAAUUACACAAAAAACCAUUCAGAUUUUAACGACAGGGGAACUUCAUUAUGUGUAUGAGGUCUAGACUCUGGGAAAGGAGCGAUUCCUCCUUAGAAAACCUUUCUUAGAAAUGGCUCCGAACAGCUGGUACCUUAGCCAGGUUUUAAAGUUAGAAAGUGGUUUCAUUGUCCUUGCAAAGCCUUUUCAGGAUGACAAAUGUGUGGACAGAUGUGCAGCACCCUUUUCACAUUCCCUGGCGUGUGAGCGCUGGGCUGCUCUUUCCAUGGAGGAAAGCUAGCCUGCAUCCUUUUGGUUGGCAUGGUUUUUUUUUUUUUU